AAGAAAUUAAGUCAUUCUUAGGGUCCUGCAUUCUCAUGGCAUGCUUAACAUCUGACUCAUCAAAACAUUUAGAGUAGAUGAAAUGGUGAACAACAGAGGAUUUCCUGUCAUUCUCGCUUCCUUUUUAAGUCGCUGGUUUCUCUUGGGUUGCGACUUGGUGACAUUAGGCACAGCAUUACACUAGUGAGACGAGCCACAAAAAUGGAUGAAUAUGAAAAUGAUAGUUAUUUCUCUCCUAAUGAGUCACAAUAUUAUGGAGAAUAUUAUGACUACCCAAAUAUAACCUUGGAAUCAGAGUCCUAUGUGGCACAUAAUGCUGUGAAGAUUAUCUCUGUCAUCAUCUACAGUCUCACCUUUCUCCUCGGUGUCCCUGGUAAUGCACUUGUUCUAUGGAUUGCGGGCUUGAAAAUGAGGAGGACUGUGAAUGUCGUGUGGUUUAUCAACCUGGCGAUCGCAGACUUUCUCUGUUGCCUCAGCGUCCCUUUCUCCAUCUCUGACACUCUUUUGGAGUCCCGCUGGCCAUAUGGGACAAUCAUGUGCAAGAUCAUCCCCCCCUUUGUCGUUCUCAGCAUGUUCGCCAGUGUCUUCACCCUGGCACUAAUCAGCCUGGAUCGCCUGGUGCUGGUGGUCCGACCCGUCUGGGCACAGAACCACCGCAGCUUAGUACUAGCGGGGGUCCUCUGUGGACUGGCCUGGGUUCUUGCUAUUCUGCUUAGCUUACCAUCAAUGAUUCUCAGAACCACUGUGAGUUUUCCAUACACAAAUGUAACCUUCUGCACCUAUGACAUCCAAGAUGGGGAAAAUAUCUCACAAUCACUCGUAGCCGUAACACAGAGGAUUCGCUUUCUGUUUGGCUUCCUCUUUCCUCUCUUCAUCAUCAUCACCUGCUACACCCUCAUCACACUCAAGGUGAGGAGCAGUAGUUUCCGUGCCGGAAGGGCCUUCAAGAUCAUUGUUGCUGUAAUCGUGUCCUUCUUCGUGUGCUGGCUGCCUUAUCACGCCUUGGGAAUUGCCAGAGAGGAUGGCCAAGACGAAGAGAUGGUGAUCCUUCUGGACCAGCUGAGCAUAGCCCUGGCAUAUGUGAACAGCUGCCUUAACCCGCUCCUGUAUGUAUUCGUAGGACAGGACUUUAAGGAGAAGGUGCGUCUGUCGCUGAGGCGGAUCCUGGAGAAUGCAUUCAGCGAGGACGGUACACACUCCUCCAUGCGCUCCAAAGCCACACAGUCACACAACACUGCCUCCUCAGUGGCCCAGCUUUAGCUGACUUUAACAAGGAAUUAGGAAUUAGUAUUGUAUUUUGCUUAAGCAGUAUUUUAAAGGUUAGAAUAGUAGAAUAGCCUUCAUUGUUUUCUAGAAGCUAAAGUAGCAAGUGAAUGUGCUAUACCAAAAAUUAA